CUUCAUAACCCGUCGGACACAACAUGGAGGGAGGGUAUCGUGGAGGAUAUCGACGGCUAACAGCUGCCUAACCCGCCGAGGGACGAAGGCAGCCCGGCUGACUGGAGUGACUGGUCCUGUUCCUGUCCAUCCAGUUAGCCCAGUGGCUGUCGGUCCAGUGAGCUGCUUGAGGUGUCUCAGGGCUGCGGAUUGCAUCAUCAUACCAUCGUAACAAUCGGAAUCAAAGCUCUCCCUCCUCCUCCUCCCCCCAUUUCAUUAUUAUUUAUUUUUCCUCUCAGCCUGACACACGCACACAACCUCUCUGAGCACUCCUCCCACGCUGGUCAUGGUCCACUCCCCCUGUCUCUCCAGCCAGCCAGUGAGGCAGUGAGUGGAUGGAAGCUGUGUAAUCCUCCUGUAAAGUAUAGGGCCUAUACGGCUGCACAUGCUCCCUUUUGUCAUGGCGGCUGUUGUUGUUGCAGAGGCCUCCCUCAGGAGAACACAUGAGGGAGAAUGGAAGGCAGCGUAAAGCUCACAAAGGGAGGAAGAGAGCCAGAGGGAGAGAAUUGAGUGAGAGACACUGACGCUGCCAUUUAUUUGACCGGAGGAGAAUGAACUUCACAGGCCAACGGAUGGAAUUCAAUGGGGGUGAAAGUACAUGAUGUGGGACUGGCAUCACCACCCCACACCUAUCACAAAUUGGACCAACUGUCAACUUUGGAGAUAUUUGCCACAUAGGGGCCUGCAGCGAGGGAUGCAGUGAAAAAAGAGAAAAAGUCGACAAUACUUUUAUUCUUGGUUUAGAGUAUUUUUCUAUUUUUUCCUUUCCUUGGUGGUGUCUCUCAAUCACCGCUUACCAAAAGUGCCUUUUUUGUUUAACUUUUUGUCUGUUUUUUUUUUUUUUUGCUCUAUAUUCAUACUCCAUCUUUCCCCAGAUUAUUGCAUGUAACUUAACAUAAAGUACCAGUCACAUUCAAUAGGUGUUGCCAUAUUCCUGAGAAGGUACACAGUGAUUUGUGUGUGUGUGUGUGUGUGUGUGUGUGUGUGUGUGUGGGGGCCACAACACCAGCAUCCAACAUCCCUUUUCUGAAUUUUGCUUCCGCUUGGGGAGAACUUAAUUAGUUCAAGGAUCAAAUCACAGAGAGUCAGGUUGCACCGGACCAAAGUGACUUUUUUUUUUUCCGCACUUCCUUCGCCCCACCCCUUGUUGCUUUGACAACGCAGAGCCGUCGCCAUGAUCAGUUUCCAGUCCAAAUGGCGCUACCUAUUCAUGUUCCUGGGCAUCCAGCUGGUGGUCAUGGCACUGCUGUCCCGAGAGGGGUACCAGAAGAGGGUCUCCUACUUCAUCCGCAUCUUCCGCAAGCCCGACACCACUGUUUCGUCAGGCCGCAACCACACAGCGGCGGGCGUCCCUGGAGCGGACGUAUAUGCCAACCUCUCCCGCCUCUCCAAAACUCCUAGCCAUGGAGACGAAAUGCCUUACUGCCCUAAGACGUCCCCUCUCAUAGGUGGGCCGAUCCACGUCAGCUUCCCGUCAGGACUCACUCUUGCGGAGGUUCAGAGGAAGAACCCACUGGUGGUGCGCGGCGGUCGCUACAGGCCGCCUGACUGUGAGGCGAAGCACCGAACUGCCAUCAUCAUUCCCCACCGACACCGAGAACACCACCUGAAGUUCCUGCUAUACUACCUACAUCCUUUUCUCCAGCGGCAGCAGCUCAACUAUGGAAUUUACGUCAUUCACCAGGCCGGAAACUACACCUUCAACAGGGCCAAGCUGAUGAAUGUGGGUUUCCGGGAGGCCAUGAAGGAGGAGGACUGGGACUGUCUCUUCUUCCAUGAUGUGGACCUCAUCCCCGAGGACGACCGCAACACGUACGUCUGCGACUCCAACCCCAAGCACGCAGCCAUCGCCAUGGACAAGUUCGGCUACAAGCUUCCGUACAAGAUGUACUUUGGAGGAGUGUCAGCUCUGACGCCACUGCACUACCUCAAGAUGAACGGCUUUCCCAACAACUACUGGGGCUGGGGAGGAGAGGACGACGAUAUUGGAAUCAGAGUGUCUCUGGGGGGGAUGUACAUCACUCGUCCGUCGGUGAAGGUCGGCCGUUACAAGAUGAUUAAACACAAGCUGGACAAAGGCAACGAUGUGAACCCAAAGAGGUUCAACAUGCUGGCCAAGACGCGUCAGACCUGGAAGAUGGACGGGAUGAACACAGCUGAAUAUGAGACAAUCUCGCGGCAGUACAUGCCCCUCUACACCAACAUCACCGUCAACAUCGGCACCGAGCUCGGUCUACAUCCACCUCCGCCGCCGCCGCCACCUCCUGCCAAAGCUGCAGUCAAAGACGCUGCCGCAGUCCCAGCAAAAGACCCAGCCAAACCCCCUGCCAAACUCAAAGAGGGCCGACCAGAGAAGAAGUCCUCCCCAAGAGACAGCUAAUCAUGUUUCACUCUGGCAUAACUUCAAUGGGAUAAUCCUGUUGGCACAUGCUGUAGGAUGGUUGGGGGGUUUUUCUUCUCAAUCGCCUGGAGUUUUUUUUAGUUUUCUCCCCAAUUUAAGAUUCAUCAUCAGUUUGUGGAGGAACUAGUUGGCGCAGAAUCAACAUCGUACUGCCUGUGGACCGUGGGGUGCUCAUUUUGGGUGAACGAAACACCUGAUUUCUAAAAAAAAAAAAAAAAAUAUAUGAACAAUUGACCUGAAUUCUUCGACCCCCCCCCUAGGUGACGGCUCUCCACCUUGGUUCCUGGACUGAACAUAUUCUUCUUCCAAGGGAGCCACAGUGAAGAGUGUGAGGGGGUAAAAGUUGGACUCUAUGAGUUUAUAUAUCUACAGCGCUGUGGUCGCUGGUUAAACCUUGUGAUGCCUUAGAAGCUUGUUCUUUUUUUUAUUUUUAUUUUUUGUGUCUUUUCACUCGUACCUUACAUUAUUUAGAACAUUGGGUUAAAUAGAGCAGUAGCUGCAAUUUCCAGCAGUCACUUCUUCUUCUUCUUCUUUUUUUUUUCUUCCUCAACGCCAAUGAAAACACGAGUGAAGGAGACCGUUUAUUGUGUCCAGUCGAGUGUGUGAAGCUGCUACAAUGAGUACUGAAAGAAGGAACUUGACAGAUUGGCGGUUGGCUGAUAUUACUAUGACUUCUUCUGACAUAACGGUGCACAUAUCCUAUCUGUCUGCAAAUAUCUAGGGUCUCGUUUUUUUGAGAGGGUUACUACACAGAGAUGCUGAUGUGUAUCUGGUUAGUUUUUAAGACUCAAAAGACAGACUCAAAAAAAUAUAUAUAUUUUUCUCUCUUGUCGUGUACGUUGGGAUCGCCAUUUGUGAAUGAGAGUAAAGUUUUCAAGUUCUGUACACAAAGGCCAAAGGUACAGUUCCUCUUCGUAGCGUUGGCGCUUCCAGUUCAGCCUUUCAAAUGUCUGCAUAUCUGAUAUUUACACCAUUUUAUGGAAUUUCCUUUUUGCGCGUUAUUGUGUAUUUGCCUUUAUCAAAUAUAUAUAUAGCAGGUCUGGGUGACGGUGAUCAGUUUUCUGCCUUCAGAUGAGCUGGAGAUUCAUAUCAUAAUGGAGUCUUUCUUGCUUAACAUUUCUUUCUGUUGAUUAUGUGCCGUGUAAUAUACAUCUCCUCAUGUAAAUGUGUCUCUCAAGAGUGCGAGCUUCCUCCCAUAACACUUUAUAUGCAGUCAAUCUUCAUAAUGUAUCUUUUUUAUUUUUUUGCCCAUCUCCUGUCCUAUACAUAUCGUUGAGAAAUGACCUAGAAAAAGCAUUUGCUCUGCACAAAAAAAGAGCAGCACCAUCAGGUCCAGGAAAAGAGAUUUCUAAAUGCUGCUGUUUCAAGCUCAAGGUUGCUUCAAUAGCUGGAGUCCGAAGCAACACCUUGACUGAUCUCUGCGUUCGCGGGUUCUUUUUUUUUAUUUUUAUUUUUUGCUGUUUUCACAAGAGAACAUUGUGAUUCUGCAUGUUCGGUUAAAUUGAAGGGUUUUAUCGUCGUCGUUUGUGUUUCGACUGAAUUUUGUGACCUCUUGGACCGGUUUGAUCGUUUAAAACCCACAAAAUACUGUCUAAAUGCAUCGCUGUCAGGCUGACGCAUAGAUGUGACAACAAUACCAACAGUGGGAAAUCUAACUGAAAAACUGUGAUAUGUUUCUGAUACCUUGAGCAAUAUUCUUGUGCUAGUAGGAGGCUCGUCGAUAAGGAAACCGGUUGUGUUUCUUCCUCUUUUCUGAUCUCCUUUUAUUCUUUUUGUUUCAAACGCUAAAGAAAUUUGUCUUCAAUCUUUGUCACAAUGUGACUCUGAAAGCCAGUUCUUUUAACAAGUUACCACAUGGAGACAUCGGCCAUUUUCCUUUUCCACUAUAGUGCCCGUAUUCUGCAUGUCGACUCUUCACUUCUCUCCACUCUUGACAGAUUUGAUUGUAAACAGGAGAAAAGGAAACAGUCCUUUAAUCCAGUGAGAGUGGCAGUACUGGCAGGUGAACAGGCUGAAACCAAAGACAACUGCGUGGAAAGCUGUGGUGAUGGAAUUAAAAGUGUGUGUGUGUGUGUGUGUGUGUGUGUGUGUGUGUGUGUGUGUGUGUGUGUGUGUGUGUGUGUGUGUGUGUGUGUGUGUGUGUGUGUGUGUGUGUAUAUGUAUGUACCGUAUACAUCAUAUGUUAUGAAUGAUUUCCACUCUUCCUAUCAAUAUUUGUAGCAAAUUUCAAUUCUGUGUGGCAAGAAUCUUAAACCAACAGGUAUUCAGAUUUCCCAAAAUGUACAAACCGGAGAAAAAUUAAUUUAGUGAAGGAAUGAGAAUAGUUAAUCUUUUUUUAAUUUUUUUUUAUUGUUGUGAAACUUAUCUACACGUCAUUGUAAUAUUUGUCUGCUGAAGUGGACGAGAAGCUCUGCGAGUGGUUGCCUGUGAUUUUUUUUCAUAAAUAGAUGACUAUAUGCUGGUAUUAUCGUUUUGAUGUGAAUUCACAUUUUCAACUCCUAUGGCCUUAGCAACACACACACACACAAUACUAGUAUUUAAACACUCGGUCACUUAUACAAUAGCAUCUUUUCAUAUGAAGACUAAAUAUGCAUGGCAACAAACCUAUUAGUGAGGGAAUGUACCAGGCACAAUGUGGAGAUGAUACAUCGCCGUGCUCAUCGAGAAAUUAUGAAGCAUGCUGAAGUGUCUUUGUUUUGAACUGGAAAAACUGUCUUAUUGUGACGAUAAAAGCAAGUUUCCAUCUGCCGAGCCGAGUCCUUCUCGCUGUUGCAUUUCAAGACGAGAGAGGGGCAUUUUGAGCAAAAUGUACAAAGGAAGCUUCUAUUCCCGAAGUCACAAAAUACUGUCUGCAUCAUUUACUUGACCUGAUGGUUUUUUUUUUUUCCUUUCUUUUUUAGCUACUCUUAUGUUUUUGAUUUGACUCCGUUCUGAUGUGUACACGCUCAGCAGCAAUGGAAAGCAGUCAUAACAGGGUAGUACUGAAGCAACCAAGGGCGCUGUGACUUUAUGAGUUAUUUUUGCUCUCUUUUGGGAAUUCUGCACAGUCCAUAGUGGCCUUAAAUUCAUUAAUAAACUGAUUAUUCAAAAAGA